GACGUUACAAACCAUGUUACAAUCUUUGAAACCGGUUUAGAUAAGUUAUACGGGCUGGUGCGAUAAACAGCCUCUAGAGUAGAAGCAUACGUUUGGUAGCUUUUAGCGAGUUACAGAGACGCGUGACUGAAAUUAAAGUCGAGUCCCUCAGUGAAGCCCCUCCCCUAUGUGCGCUGCUCAGUUCCGUGCUUGCGCGGCGCGCCCAUUCUCUACGGCGCAUGCACACACCGAACGCUCGUGCUGGAGGUCCGUCCAGACGUGCACAAGUUAAUCAUUCACACAUUUAUUAAAAUAGACGCGGAUUAAUCCCCCAAGAACUGGUUUUUUUUCCGUAAGGGGCGCUUUGUGUGAUCUCGAGGAAACACUUGUAAGAGACUUUUUGGCCUUCCUUAAGGACAACUUCACAUUUUUUUCAUGGAUUUUUUCAUAAGCAUGUCUGAAACACUAAAAUACAAUGAUGAUGAACAUAAAACUAUCUUUUUGAAAACACUAAAUGAGCAACGCCUAGAAGGUGAAUUUUGUGAUAUAGCCAUUGUUGUGGAAGAUGUUAAAUUCAGAGCCCACAGAUGUGUACUUGCCGCGUGCAGUACUUACUUCAAGAAACUUUUUAAGAAACUGGAAGUUGAUAGUUCUUCAGUAAUUGAAAUUGAUUUCCUGCGAUCAGAUAUAUUUGAGGAAGUUCUAAACUACAUGUACACAGCAAAGAUUGCUGUCAAAAAAGAAGAUGUGAACCUGAUGAUGUCCUCAGGCCAGAUACUUGGUAUUCGCUUCUUAGAUAAGCUCUGCUCACAAAAGCGGGAUGUUUCCAGCAUGGAUGAGAACCUAGCCUCCCCAAAAAAUAAAUACAGUUAUGAAACUACUUUGAAGAUAACUCGUCCGGUUGGUGAGGCUAAUGAAAACCAAGAUGAUGAGGUUGAAGAGAUUGGAGAUCAGGACGAUAGUCCAUCAGAUGAUACAGUUGAGGGCACUCCUCAAAGACAUGAAGAGGAGAAGUCUCCUACUUCUACACUACGUGUUCAGGAGGCAAUUCUCAAGCAACUUGGUAGUGAGGAAGUGCGAAAGGUUAACUGUUAUGGGCAGGAAGUCGAGUCAAUAGAGAAAACCGAGCCAAAGGACCUGGGACCACAAACCCCUCAAACCCUGACAUUUAAUGACAGCAUUAGUGAAGUCAAAGAUGAACAAGCCCCCGCAUGGACAACCGCAACAGGUGAUAUGAAAUUUGAGUAUUUGCUCUAUGGUCAUAGAGAACAGUUUGCUUGUCAAGCAUGUGGUAAAACAUUUACAGAUGAAGCCCGCCUAAGAAAACAUGAGAAGUUACACACAGCAGAUAGACCAUUUGUUUGUGAUAUGUGUACCAAAGCAUUUACAACCCAGGCACACCUGAAGGAGCAUUUGAAAAUCCACACAGGGUAUAAGCCUUACAGUUGUGAAGUUUGCUCAAAGUCUUUUAUACGGGCUCCAGAUCUCAAAAAACAUGAACGAGUCCACAGCAAUGAGAGACCAUUUGCAUGCCAUCUUUGUGAUAAAGCAUUCAAGCAUAAAUCUCAUUUGAAAGACCAUGAAAGAAGACACAGGGGCGAGAAACCUUUUAUUUGUGCAUCAUGCACCAAAGCAUUUGCCAAGGCCUCAGACCUAAAACGCCAUGAAAACAAUAUGCAUAGUGAGCAACGCAAACAAGUCACAACGAGUGCCAUACAGAGUGAGACUGAGCAACUGCAGGCGGCAGCAAUGGCAGCGGAGGCAGAACAGCAACUUGAAAGUAUUGCCUGUAGCUAAAAAAACCAUUGAUGCAUUAUUUAUCUGUCAAUCUUAUAAUUUAAACAGUUGUAUUUUGCACUUGGCAAUGGUUUAGGCUUACACUCUAAAUGUACCAUAGAAAAGUGAUGUUUUCUAAAAAUGUACAGGAUCACAUCAGAUGGAGCUGCAAAUUCUGCCUAUGUAUUGACUGAACAGAAUGAAAGGUGCUUGAUUUGCUUGAAUAGCCUCACUGGUAAGAAAAAAAAACCCACAACCAAUAUGCUAUUGGUUCAACUUCUUGCCUUACAUAUUGUACAUGCUUUUUUUAAAAUCCAAUUAUGAAUUAAAAAUUAAAUGUUCAUUAUUAAACGAUAUUAGUUAGAUAUUAGUUUUUGCAUUAGCCUUACUGUGUGAAUAGCAAUGCUAUUGUAAAUACACAUUGUGUGAGUAGCUUGUUUUAUCAUCAGGCUGUAACCGUGGAUUUAUUUUUUAAUUAAUUUUAAAAUUAGCCACCUAUAGACAUUUUUCACAAAUGUCCUUUAAAAAAAAUGCACAAUAUAUGAAAUGUAGCGCUAACAUCCUGCUUGAAAAUACAUCUCCCCCCAAGGUUUUUACAGACCUCUGCUUACAUGUAAUAAUGAUUACCUAUUAAACUUCAUGUAUAGGGAAUGUACUACAUAUAUUUAGUAUGCAGCACUCAAUCUACAUUUUGGCAUGUGUAUUUUUUAAAUAAAAGUGAACAUUAACAUGUUUUAUUUUUUUUCCUUCCUGCAUACACAGAGGGGUGAUCUCCUAGCAACCAGUUGCAAAUAAACUUGAAAAAUUA